CAUCAUCGAACUUAUAUUCAGAAUAUCAUUUUAGACAUCUUGGACAUAAUAUAUAUAUUGUUGAUCUUUCAACAAACUAAUUUUAACAAAAUGUUGUUUUAUUUAUUAUUGAUUGCUACAUCAUCGUUUGUCAUUACCGCGUUUCCACAAAAUUUGGAUAACACACCUGUGGAGAUGGCUCAAGUAGAGCCAGUGGCUUUAAAAUCCAAUGGAAAACAAGAAAAUACUUCAUCCGCUGAUUGUACUAUACCUGACAGUAGAAAUACCCCAUGCAUGUUAAACUGUCCUAUGAAUAGAAACGAUUGCAAUCCUGUUUGUGGAACGGAUGGCGUAUCAUACAUUAAUCAAAAUGAACUGGCCUGUGCGAGACAUUGUGGGAAAAACGUGAAGUUACUGCAUAAUGGAAUCUGUUCAUAGGGAUUCCUUCAUAGAGCUGAACUGGAUAACAAACGAUUUACAUUAUACAAUAUAAUCUACGAUAAUAAAUAUUUUG